UGUGGGUCUGGCGCCUGCAGCCGGGCCGGGGCUGGUGCUUCUGCGCUAGCCGCUGUGUGUGUUUCCCGAGUCGGCCUUCCUCAGCCGGAGCCAUGGCCACCGACUCGUGGGCCCUGGCAGUGGACGAGCAGGAAGCGGCUGUCAAGUCGAUGAGUAAUUUGCAGAUUAAGGAAGAAAAAGUCAAACCAGAUACCAAUGGUGUUAUCAAAACCAAUGCCACUCCAGAGAAAACAGAUGAAGAAGAGAAAGAGGACAGAGCCGCCCAGUCCUUACUCAACAAGCUGAUCAGAAGCAACCUUGUCGAUAACACCAACCAAGUGGAAGUCCUGCAGCGGGAUCCCAACUCCCCACUCUACUCAGUCAAGUCCUUCGAGGAGCUUCGGCUGAAACCACAGCUUCUCCAGGGAGUCUAUGCCAUGGGCUUCAAUCGGCCAUCCAAGAUACAAGAGAAUGCGUUACCCAUGAUGCUUGCUGAGCCCCCGCAGAACCUGAUUGCCCAGUCGCAGUCGGGUACUGGUAAAACGGCUGCCUUCGUCCUGGCCAUGCUCAGCCGGGUGGAGCCAGCAGAGAGGUACCCGCAGUGUCUGUGCCUCUCCCCGACGUACGAGCUGGCGCUCCAGACAGGAAAAGUGAUUGAACAAAUGGGCAAAUUUCAUCCAGAACUAAAGCUUGCUUAUGCUGUUCGAGGCAAUAAAUUGGAAAGAGGUCAGAAAAUCAGUGAGCACAUUGUCAUUGGCACCCCGGGGACCGUUCUGGACUGGUGCUCCAAGCUCAAGUUCAUCGACCCCAAGAAGAUCAAGGUGUUUGUUCUGGACGAGGCUGACGUGAUGAUAGCCACUCAGGGCCACCAAGAUCAGAGCAUCCGCAUCCAGAGGAUGCUGCCCAGGAACUGCCAGAUGCUGCUUUUCUCUGCCACCUUUGAAGACUCUGUCUGGAAAUUUGCCCAGAAAGUAGUGCCCGACCCGAACAUCAUCAAACUGAAGCGUGAGGAGGAGACACUGGACACCAUCAAGCAGUAUUACGUCCUGUGCAACAGCAGAGACGAGAAGUUCCAGGCCUUGUGUAAUAUCUACGGGGCCAUCACCAUUGCUCAAGCCAUGAUCUUCUGCCAUACCCGCAAAACAGCUAGCUGGCUGGCCGCGGAGCUCUCAAAAGAAGGCCACCAGGUGGCUCUGCUGAGCGGUGAAAUGGUGGUGGAGCAGAGGGCCGCAGUGAUUGAGCGCUUCCGAGAGGGCAAAGAGAAGGUUCUGGUCACCACCAACGUGUGUGCCCGCGGUAUCGACGUGGAGCAGGUGUCUGUCGUCAUCAACUUUGACCUCCCGGUGGACAAGGACGGGAACCCGGACAACGAGACCUACCUGCACCGGAUCGGGCGCACCGGCCGCUUUGGCAAGCGGGGCCUGGCGGUGAACAUGGUGGACAGCAAGCACAGCAUGAACAUCCUGAACAGAAUCCAGGAGCAUUUCAAUAAGAAAAUAGAAAGGCUGGACACGGAUGACUUGGACGAGAUUGAGAAGAUAGCCAACUGAGGAGCUCCUGCAGUCGCUGUGCCGCCCCCGCCCGGGACGCGAGUGCUUCCACGGCGCAGCCUGCCCGUCCCCGCGAGGAUGACGGCACGAGCAGACAAACUGCCUACCUCAUCUGAAAUUACGUUUGGACUUGACAAAAAUUGCCCAAAUUAUUCAGGAAGGUAGAAGAAAAAAAUCUGAAUUUUGGAAAAUUGAGCCCUUUUCCUCCCAUCCCUUUUCGAAGCCACAGUUUCCCCAUCUUUGUAAUAAUGUGGUCACUAUUGGUAACUGCCAGCUGCAGGAGCCACGGCCUGUUUUCUGGCCAGGGGUGUUCAGACCGCCGCCAGGCCCUGAAGCAACAGCAGAGGAAACGCCUGGGCCUCCCGGAUCCACCAGUGUCCCUGCUGAUUGCUUUCCCUCUGUUGUCUGCAGAGGAAUCCCACCCUCCCCGGGGUGAGCGUCGGCUCCCUUUGUACACCUCAGGUUUGGGGGGAGCACGAAGUCGGUGAGCUGCCUUCAGAGGCACUGGCCUGGCCUAGCUGGGUGACCCAGGGCUGCCUCCGCUUCCCACCGUCGCUCUGCUGCUCAGGCGCCGGGUGUCCCAGCCGCCGAGGUGGUUUCUGACACACACCUGGCCGGGUGAGCUCUUAGCGCGGACGUCACGCUAUUCCCGGAUGUGAGCAGCAGGGUUUGGAGAGGAAGUUACAACCAAGUGAAAGCUCUUAUGAGGCUGUUCAUCCGUAACAGGGGACCUGUUGCUUACUCUGAUUCAUACGCUGUCUGUAUGAAUAAGGACAGAAUAAUCAGAGCUAUACCCAUCAUCCACUAUGUUAAAAAAUUUAAAAAUAAUUAUGGAACGCUUUACUAAUCAUGAUUUGUUGUUUUUACUUGUAUUUUUCUGCUUAUUAGACUAAUAUAUGCUCAUUAAAAAGGUGUGGGUGUGUAAUUUAUAAAGUGCAAGUGUUCUGGUCCCCACCCCUCUCUGUUCACCACUGCUAGCAGCUUGAUGAAUAUUCGGUAUAUUGCCUUCCGUUUGAUUAUGUCAGCCUACUUCUGUUUUACAAAAACGUGAACAUUUGCUCACGUUGUGCGGCCUGCCUCCUCACUCACCCAUGUGUCUCGGACACGUGGCGUGGCUGUGGCUCACUCUCCAUCGGCACCAUUCCAGGAUGUAGCCGCCCCUGCGUUUGCUUCCUGGCUCCUAGUGACAAGCACUGGGUUGUCGCCCACGGCAAAUGCUGGUGCCACUCCUCUCUGCCCCGCUGAGACCUACUCAGGAUGUGUUCCUGGAAGUAGAGUUGUUGGGUCAGAGUGGAAAUGCUUAACAUGUUAACACAUUGCUAAUGUAGCCUGCUGAAAGUUCUUAUCAAUAUGGCAUUUCAUUGACAACAAAGUACCUACUACCUGCUUGCCAACCCCCCUCCAUAUUAAUUUUUAAAAUUGCAAGUCUGAGCAGCAAAAAUACAUUACAUAAUUGUUUUUUAAUUUUAGCGAUAUUUGGGUUUAUUGGUAUUUAUACCAGCACCUGAUGCUUUGGAACUGUGAUAUUGGAGAAUACUCUUGAGAGUCCCUUGGACUGCAAGGAGAUCCAACCAGUCCAUCUUAAAGGAGAUCAGUCCUGGGUGUUCAUUGGAAGGACUGAUGUUGAAGUUGAAACUCCAAUACUUUGGCCACCUGAUGCAAAGAGCUGACUCAUUUGAAAAGACCCUGAUGCUGGGAAAGAUAGAGGGCAGGAGGAGAAGGGGACAACAGAGGAUGAGAUGGUUGGAUGGCAUCACCGACUCGAUGGACAUGGGUCUAGGUGAACUCUGGGAGUUGGUGAUGGGAGGCCUGGCGUGCUGUGGCUCAUGGGGUCGCAAAGAGUCGGACACGACUGAGCAGCUGGACUGACACCAGCACCUCUUCUGGGGGCGCUGCCCGUUCCUGCCUCACCAUUUUGUUACCGGCUUGUCUGACCUCUGAGUUAUAGCUUCUUUUCUACUUUAGGGAAGUUACACUGUCUUGAGUGGUAGAUGUUUUCCUAGCUUGUCUUUACAAAAUCAUUUUUUCUUAAUACUACACAGAAGUUUAACUUCGGUAGUCUUAACACUCAUUUUUAAGAAAUCUGGAUUUGGUGUUGUGGCCAGAAAACCUUUCCUCAUUUCAGUAUUAUAAAUUACUUACUCAUGUUUUUGUACGUCUUAAAAUG